AACGACCUCCGAACGCGCCGGGCCGGGCCCCAACGUGUCCGCCAUGGCUGCGCCAUGCGCCAGGCGGUGCGAUGUGCCGACGUUGCACUGGGAAGGCGCAGGCACAGCAGCGCGGGACUGCAGAGCGCCUUGCGGCAGGCGGAGAAGCGGCGCCGCGUGUGGCUGCGCCAGCAGACUGCGCAGGCCAUCACAUUGGGCCGGCAGGGCCGCUGGGAGGAGAGCCUGGCACUUCUGCAAAGCGACAGCUUCCAGCUGGACGUGAAGCUGGUGACCGCGGUCUGCGGCGCUUUGCAGAGGGCCAUUGCCUGGCAACAGGCCCUGCUGCUGCUCGCUUACGACGACUUCCGCCGCGACGAGCGGCUCCUGGGGGUUGUCUGCGCUGGCUGCGCCAAAGGCUGGGCUUGGCAACAGGCGCUAGAUCUUCUUGACGCGCAGAAGGCGCUGCUGGACCGGAGCCCAAGGUUUAGCUUGGAGUCCCACAAUGCCCUGCUGAGUGCCUGGGACCACUGCCAGCUCUGGCCCUUGGCUCUGCGCCUCCUGGGCGACAUGAAACGCUCCGAAGCCGCGGAACCGGCGCCGGACGUGGUGAGCUUUAGCAGCGUCAUCAGCGCCCUGGCGCGCGCCGCGCAAUGGCCCCAAGCGCUCGGCCUGCUGCACGAGAUGAAACCGAGCCACACCGAGCCCAACGUGAUGUCGCUGGGUGCUGCGGUCAGCGCCUGCGACAAGGGCCACAUGUGGCAAAUGGCAUAUGCCUUGCUGGACCAGAUGCCAGAGCACUGCAACCUGGUGGCCAUCAACGCGGCGCUCUCCGCCGGUGGCCGCGGCAACCGCUGGGAGUUGGCGCUGGGCUUGUUCCAGCUGAUGAGCCGCCGCAGCCUUCAGCCGGACUUGGUGUCCUACACGUCGGCAGUGACCUGUUGCAACCGCAGCCGGGAGUGGGUCAAGGCGCUUCAGCUCCUGAAGCUUUGCCCUGGCACCAACCUGGUGCUGGCCACCGCGGCGCUCAAGGCUUGCCAGCUGGGGGCACUGUGGCAGCAGGCCUUGGAUCGCUUUCAGGAGAUGCAGCACACCAUGCAGCCAGACAUUGCCGCCUUCAACCCUUGUUUCGGAGCCCUGGUGUCAGCUCGCCGCUGGUUGCUUGCGCUGCAGCUGCUGGAGCUACUGCCGGGCCUGAAUCUGCAGCCGGAUGGCGGGACCAAGAGGCUGAUGCUGCAGGCCUUAGCGCAGAGCAAGCGAUGGCAGGGCAGUCUGCAGCUGAUGUCCAACUUCUAGACUGCAAGUGACAGAGAAGUCUCCGCGGAAAGAAGUGGACCAUGCCGCGCUGCCUGGGGAGUCCGCAG